GCGAUUAAUUCAAAAUAGGGGAGUAGUGUGGUGGAAGAAAUGGAGUGUCCCCCAUCUGUAAAGAUUUUAGAUUUCAUGGAACUAAUUAGAAUUCCAUAAAACACCAUUCCUCAUUUCCUCUGAUUCCUCUCCUCCAAAGCUAGAUUAUAAUGCCUAAUUUAUAGGGAUACUCCAAACUAGGAGUUUGAGUACAGAAUUGAAUGAGAUGCAUUUUUUUAUGAAACCCGAAAUGAUAUUAGUGAGUAGUUGUGGACUCGGGUCGGGCCACCCGGCCCGUGAACCAGCCCGGCCCGCUACUGUGCGGGCCCGGGACCGGCCCGGUUCACCGGUCCGGGUACCGGGCUUUGACCCGGCCCGAGGGGGAGACGGUGCCGGGCACGGUUCCUUCAAAAUGAGACCCGGCCGGGCCCGGUUCGGGCCGAAAUCGUUUUUUUUUUUGUUUUUUCAUUUUUUUUUAUUCCAACGGGUUUGGCUGGGUGUUUGGGGGGGGGGGGUCGGGGGGUUAAUUAGAAAAAGAAAAAAAAAAUAUAAAGAGGCCUGGCCCAGCCCGGACCCGGUAGCUACCCGGGCCUAACUAUUUAGAACCGGUUGCCCGCCCCGGACCCGGCUAGAAUCCACCACUAUUAGUGAGUGUGGAAUUGAAUGUUGUGGACCUUGUGGUUUGAUCAUGUGUAGAAGAUUGGGUCAUAUCCAUAUUACAUAUGUCAUUUUUUGGAUACAUUGGAAAGAUAAAAUAGAAGGAAAAUUAAAAUCUAAUUAAUAUGCUCGAGAGUCGAGACCAUUAGUAUCCUCGUGUAGAGACUUCUUGUCGUCUCCCGAGUGGCAUUCACUAACGAGGGUUUAAUUUUCGUGUAGAGACCGUUAGUGAAUGCAUCCACUCCAUUGGUGUCGUUCUGCUCCAUUUCGUUCGCCCAGGUUACGAACUCAAGGCUCGUUCGCCAAAGCCACCAUCCGAGACGCGAUUGCCGUGCGAAGAGAAGCCAAAACGCGGACGAUCGAAAGUCGCCGAUCCAACCCUAGGCAUGAGGCCUCCCGUCCGCUUGUGUGUGGCUGUGUGAGCGCAAUUUGUUCUAAUCGUAAGUAUUAAUCCAAAUGUAAUAAAAAGAGUACAGUUAUCAUUAAUCAACUAUAGUAAUUGAAACGAAUCGAGUUUCUUGAGUACAAAUUAUAAAACAAAGGAACAAUUACAUUCACGGCCCCAACUUUUGACCGGUAAAAGUGUUUUUCUUUCUCACAAAUUAAAGAAUCAUUUUUUGCUUACAACUCCCUCCUGAUUUCUGAGAUUCGUAUGACCAAACAAAAAGAAAUGUAGAAAAAAAUUAAGUACGUGUCGAAGUUGGGGAAGAAAUGUGAGCAACAGCAAGCCAGGUAUAUUAGAAAUAUAAUAAUAUCAGAAACGUCAUGUUUUUAAUUUCCUUUUUAAAAUGAAGUUUGUGUUCACUUUUUCUUGCGUUUCAAUAAUUUUUAGUUUAUAAUGUUUCUAGGUUCGUAAAAUCUUAUUUUUGUAUACUCAUUUUAUAGUUUUAAGUUUUAAGACUUUUAACAUUAGUACGACUGUAUGAGAAUAUGAGAAAAUUAAAUCUUUUAACAUUAAGAAAAAAGAAUCUUUCAGGUUUUAAACACAAACAAAAAUAUGGAAUAUACUUUUCCUUAUACAGGGACCUUAUUAAACAUUCUUUCCACAUUCAUUUCGUCUUUGUUAUAUAUUAAACCCGCCUCCAUAAAAUUCGAUUAGGAACAUAACUAUCUUAGCUGCGCUGAGAAGAACUUUUUACCAAGUACUGCAUUUUAAAGGGGAAUUUAAAAUCACAAAGUGCAAAUAUCAUGGUGAAAAGUAACCAUCACCACUCUUUGCUUUUCAUGCUUCCUCUCAUCUUCCUCCUACAAGGAGCGGCCUUCGUCGUUUCAUCUGAUCUCGGAGCAGACGACGGAGAAGUGCUCAGUGGGACCACGCCGCCAUCCCCGCCCGCUCGCUUCCCCGCUUUUCCAUUUCAUCCCGGCCUCCUCAAUGUCGUCAUCUCUCCGGAUCACUCACCGCUUACUGCCCAUUCUGUGGCUCUGCCACCCUCUGCAGCGGCCGUUUCAACACGGCUGCUAUCCCAUACCAAAACAGACAGCAAUAGAAAAAGGAAACUGAGUAAGAAAAUGAAGUCUAAAAAGAAGACCAAGAAAAUUCGUAAAAUUAUAAUUAUAAUUACUGUACUCUUCAUUAUAGCCGUUAUAAUUGCAGCCGUCAUUAUAGCCGUUAUAUAUUUGAAGAAGAAGAAGCGAAAGGAGAGUGUGGAUGCACUUCCCACUUCAAUUGCCUAAAUGCACGUGCAUUUAAUGACAAUAAUAUCGUGCAGCUCUUUUAUUAUAUAUUGUGUUUAAUUUAAUUAAGUUAUCCUCUUUUAUUAUAUUGUGUUUAAUUUAAUUAAGUUAUCCUUUAUUAGUGCUUAUU